UUGUAAGCCUCAGUAGAAAUCAAGCACUAUUCGCAUUCCACAUACGUGAAAUCGCUCUCUAUAGGGUGGAUAAUUUAUCCGUAGAGUUUUCUUUGUUUGAUGUGGAUGCUAGAUCCGUAGAAAUCACUUCGUAAACGUAUCACUUUCGCAUCUUCAACAUAGAAAUUCGAACUUCUCAUUUUCAUGCCAAAAUCUCCAAAUGACCACAUUCACCUUCAGUCUAUAUUUCUCAUUCGGAAGCACCUUAAAUGUCAUUGGUUGUUUUGCUCUUUUAGUAGGUUAUUUUGUGAAGCUUAUCAAGAACUGUACCGUAUAUGUAUGUAUGAGUUGAGUGUUUGUUCGUUCAUGCUUCUGACUGCUUUUGUAAUAUUCUCCUCGACUGAAUAUGAUCUUUUCCCUCUAGUUGUCAGAGCUGGAGCUCAAUGGAGUUGCUUAGCUUGUCCAGUUGUUGUUUUACUGACUUUUGUUUUGUCUGCCGGUUUUAGAUGAUAUCGUAAUUUCGUCAAACGUAGCAUUGCUUUUCUAACCACCGUCAUGAAGACAAGCUUAAAAGCGAAGCCAGCUAUUUGUAUUUCUCUACGAUCUGUUGAUCAUUU